UUAAACGCACACGAAGGAGCGCAUUAGUACGGAUUAGACAACGUUCAACAUCCGAGUUUUAUUAGAAAGCUUGCAUUUGAGAAAAUUUCGAAUCUUACAUUGCGUAAUACAGGACUAUGUUAAUUACAUCAUGUUUUAUUUACGGCGACCAUUAUCUUGCGCUUCCUUAACGCGCGCGGUGAAUAACCUUUCGUUGCCGCCGGGAUUUUUUUCGCACACGCGCGAUUCCGACGCAGGAAUGUCCGGCGAUCCGGUGCAUUGUGUCGUCAGAACCAUGGCGGCUGCCGGUGUUCCCAUGCCGAGUCAGCUGUCGAGCUCCGGUGGCGUUUUGCACUGCUGCAGCAGCCAACAUUUUUCCCAUCCAUGACGGGCCCGUGCGUGUGCUGUGCAAUGUAGGCUGUCUGUGUUAGCUGAUUGAACUGGACGUCUAUCGGGAACUCUGUGCUGUGCCGGUGCCCAGUGUUUUGCCUCAUCCACUCAAGUUUCCUUUUCCGCGACGACGCAAUUCAUACACUGCACCCACAACUUUGUACACUCUAUAUAUGUGUGUACAUGCGCGCGCGCAUCCCUCUCCGAGUAUAAACCUGGCACGAUUUUUCUCAUCCGCUGACAACUAAUCAAACUCUCUCUCCGUUGUACAUGUGUGUAUAUAUAUGAUUGUAUGUAUAUAUCGUGUGGCCCGCGCGCUUUACACAGUACAUACAUAUUUAUCUAUCUCCGUCGUCGUAUUUUAUGCCGCACCGCGUUUAUCGCGUUAUCCUCUUCAUCAUACAAACCGGCGGGGUUUUUCGGAUGGGCUAAUACGGCUGAGGUUUUGCCAUGUCAGCCAUUUGCGCUAAUCAUCGACAUCAACAGUUUUUUCUCUUAAUCGGCCUGGCGGCAGUAUCGUGGCGGUUGUCGCGCAUAAUGACAUGUGCAACGGCGCCGAAUUGUUUCUCCGAUUGACUGUCUCAUAUCUUGAUUCACCGCGUUCGUCUGACACCGAAAACCGGAAUUUCUAAUCGCUUAUACGGAAUUACACCGUGAAUUUUUUUCUUCGGGAUUUUCUGCUACAAGGCCAUGGACCCCAUUGCCGCGCAUUGAGCCCCCCUUAAUCGCCUGCCUUUGGACUGCGGAGAUGCGAUGCCGACCGGUUGCGCCGCGUAGCCCAGCAUGCACCCACCACGCCGUGCUACCCACCCACUGCCCUUGGCCCCGCCCAUGCCGACCAGCCCGAUGAGUGUCCGUGCCGACCAGCCCGAUGAGUGUGGCCGUGUACGCUCUGCUGACGCCGUCGCCGACGCUUUCCAUGGAUCCUUUGUCCGUGCACAGCACCGCCGGCCCCGCGGCGGUCGCGCCGACCAACCGCACCACGGUGGCCGGCGGGCCGCCGUACGGGCUGCCUGAGACCGUCGUCAUCGCCGUCAUCUGCGGCCUGCUGGCCUUUCUGACGGUCUUCGGCAAUAUCCUGGUGAUGCUGUCGCUGCGCGUCGACAAACAACUGCGGACCAUUACCAAUUAUUUUCUCCUGUCGUUGGCCUUUGCUGAUCUGAUGAUCGGCCUGGUGUCCAUGCCCAUGUACACGCUGUACAUCCUCACCGGUUCCUGGCCGUUGGGGGCCUUUGUGUGCGACACGUGGCUGGCGGUGGAUUAUCUGAUGAGUAAUGCGUCGGUGCUCAAUUUGUUGAUUAUCAGUUUUGAUCGCUACUUGUCCAUUACCCGCCCGCUGACAUACCGGGCGCGCCGGACGACGAAGCGGGCCUUUGGGAUGAUCGCGGCGGCCUGGCUCAUCUCGCUGGUGCUAUGGCCGCCCUGGAUUUACGCCUGGCCGUAUAUUGAAGGCCGGCGAACGGUUGCAGCGGACCAAUGCUACAUUCAGUUCCUGGAUACGAAUCAGUAUAUCACAAUGGUAACUGCGUGCCUUGCCUUCUACCUCCCGGUCACCGUCAUGACCAUCCUGUACGUCAAGAUCUGGCGGGAGACGCUCAAACGCCAACGUGACCUCCACACCCUCACCGCCGACCCUAAACGGCUGCCCAUGCAGAUGAGCCAAAAGUCCACGUCCUCCAGCGACGACCCGGCCGUCAACCCGCCCCUGGGCACCGCCUCCGCCGUGCCCAACUCCACCAACAACUUCAGCCUGGAGCCGCCCACCUUCCGCUCCAGUAAGCGUUUAUCCGAGAUCCCCUCGGAGAGUGGCAUGCCACCGCCGCCGGUGCGUCCGCUAUGGAGGCGGAUCCUCCAUUGCUGCAAAAUCGACCGGGAGGUGACCAACGACUACGCCGAUGACGAUAGCAGUGAUGAAGGCGCAGAUAUGACGGUGCCGCAGACCUCCGAGACCACCUCCCGGACACUGUCGACCAACCGGAUUACCAAUAACGACCGGGAGCGCAACGGUCGCUUGGCGAACACCCCGCUGUUAGCCAAGGGACCGCGGACGCCCCAGCAGCUCCUGGCGGAUCCCAACGUCGACUCGGAGACCUACACCAUUCUGAUCACCUUCCCGGAAGCCGCGGACCACCUCUCGCGUCCCCGGAUCGAAGAGAUCUCCUUCGACGAGGAGACGCCCUUCUCGGAGACCGCGCCCAGCCCCCGGCCGCGGGUCUCCAGCGCCGAUACCCAGUCGCCGUCGUCCGGGCCCGGCUCCAAGCGGAUGCCGCGGCCCUCCGUCUUCCAGGGGAACACGGUACUGCCACCCGGGGGCAAGGGGAAGGGACGGACGCCCCACUCGGCGGGGCGCAAGAAGGCCCGGGUGGACAAGAAGCAGGAUAAGAAAGCGGCCAAGACCCUCAGUGCAAUACUCUUUGCCUUCAUCAUCACCUGGACGCCCUACAACGUCCUGGUGCUGAUCCGGACGUUUUUCCCCAAAGCCAUACCGGAUGUGUUUUUUGAUACGAGUUAUUAUCUGUGCUACAUUAACAGCACAAUCAAUCCAAUCUGUUAUGCCUUAUGUAAUGCCAAUUUCCGCAAGACGUACAUUAGGAUUCUGUCGUGCCGCAAGAGCCUUAAGACCAAGUCGCAUUAUAAUGUCAGGAAGACUUGAGCAGUGUCGCGCGGGUGAAUUUUUGUUGUAAUUAUUUGAUGUAUUUCGCGGACGUUUUCGUGCCAUUGAAUUGAAUAAAAU